AUGCAUGAUGGCUUACUCGCAACCCUGCGGAACCGCCUAACCAAUUCUGCGUUCAUCGAGCUUGCUACUGUUCUAUCUUUGUUGCAGGACAUCGCUCCCACGGUUCACCCCGACGACAGGUUCCUCACCCACGGCGUCACGUUCUCCGCAUGGUGCGCAUACUCAUUGCUCUCCUCCGCCGACAAGCUCGACCCUCACUCCGACCACAUUUGGAGUUCGAAGGCCACUAUCAAGGUCAAGAUUUUUGCUUGGCUGCUUUUCAGGGAUAGGCUCAACACCAAGGCGAAUCUGCAUCGCAAGACCAUCGCCUCCGACUCCCUCUGCCCGUGGUGUGCCCAUCACCCCGUGGACGCGUCCCACCUUGCCCUCUUCUGCAUUAGGGCGGUCCAGGUGUGGCACCUCCUCGGACUACACCCGCCCCCCGACAUCGACCUCAUUUGGACUACCGUCACUCCGAACGGCCUCGACAUCAACAUCUAG